CUGCAACUCGCAGUCACUGCCGUGUAAUGGUGCGUUAACAACGUACACACCUUCGUCCGUACAGGGUGCCCAUUGGUCCACUGGAAGGAUGGAAAACGUCUGCCGAAAAGGGGGAAUGUGCGGUGCAUAUGCCAUUUCGGUAUUAAAAUUGAUAAUCCAUUCGCUGGCCCCAGUCCGCAAAUCCGUUCCGCGGCACAGGUACAGGUCGUAACGUCGUGCGGUCGUACACGGGCGAGCAAAGAUGUGCGUUCACGGGAAUUUAAUUGUACCGCUGGUUCUGUGCGCAACGGUUGCGUUAGGUCUCGCACUAUCGGUCAGUCCGUCCGGGGUGGUAGAGGGAGAUCAGCAACCAAAGAGAAUUGCAACCGUCUUCGAACGGAAAGCGCUAACUAUCCGGGAGGAUUUCGGUAAUGUGUCUGAGGAGCUACAGCGGUCACGACCGAAGCGCCGAACGAGAGAUCCAGACGAAAAGAACAACAUUGAGUCAAGUAUAUCGCUCUGGGAGUGGCUGAAGGGACGCGACAAACCCGAGGAUAACUGUAUGCUGAUGGCGAUCGGUGGCGUCGCCAGUGGAGGAGCUUUAACGGGAGCAUUUGUCGGUGCUGGUAUCGGAAGUAUUUUUACCGGACCGGGUGCGAUUGUGGGAGGUAUCAUUGGAGGGCUGGUGGGUGUGUUUGGUGGCCUCAGUGUAGGUGCGAGAGCGGGUGCAGUCGCGUGUGAAAAUGUUUGACCCAUAGGCAGUGGAAGUGUCAACAUCGUUUUUGUAGCAAUAAAAUUCGCUUAAGUAUAUACCAAGUGGUAUCGUGGUAUCUUA